UUGAUGAAAUAUGUGACGCAAAGACAAAAUAAAGAAAGACUAAAAUCUUAAAUCCUUAAAAUGAAAGUCUAGAGGACUUUCCCGGCUCUCUUCCUAAACCCCUCGUGUCAUCCUCUCAUCUCUCUCUCUCUCUCUCUCUUUCUUUCUCUCUGCAAGGCUUCCGGUUUCAACGGUGGCCUUUUGCCCAGCAUCGGAUACCCCGCUUCCGGUUUCCACGGUGGCCUUUUGCCCAGCAUCGGAUCUGGGGUAUCUACGCUUUCCAUUGAAGGGUUCUGUUCAUUGUUGGGAUAUUGUUGCUAUUGUGUUUUCUAGAAUACGUGACGAAAGGACUUGGUGGAAUUGUUAUUUUUGGUUGAUUAUUAGCGAAAGGCGGGCAGGUCUUGUAAAAUAAGUUAAACUGCAAUUAUUGAAGAUUUCUUGGCCUUAAUUGUGACUUAAAAUUGGAAAGUGAUGUUUACUUAAUGAAGGUAGGUGUAUGUGUGAUCACUUUUCCCACUGAAGGUUGAUAUAUAGUGAAGAGGUAAUCUGUGUUAUGGGUUGACUUCAAAUAUAGGAAGAUUUGGUCGUGUUCUGGAAAUAUUGUGGAUUUUAUCAUUUGGAGUGUGGGGGCAAGGGAACAAUUAGAUUGGGCUUGUGGUUUUGUUAUGGAUCAUAUGACCCCAAGAGAGAGAGAUAUUGAAACUGAUCUCGAAAGUGGGGAAGCAGUUAGUGAAGAAGAUUCGAGCAAAUUACCUGUGUUGAGUGCUAUAAAGCAGGCAAGGACAUUUCUUGGGAAGAUUCAUAGUGGGUUUGUUGAUGGGUCAGCCAAGAGUGAAGAUGGGUUAAGUUUAUGUGACAAUGUGCCAAACUCCAAUGGGGUUUCUCCUGAGAAAGUGAAGAUGGUGAAUAACAAGAUAUUGGAGGGCGAAGAAACUGUAGAUUAUGUGGAGAAAACACCAUUGAAGGAGAAACGUAAAAAGACGAGCAAUAAAAAGGCUCCAAAACCUCCCAGACCUCCGAGAGGUCCAUCUUUGGAUGCGGCUGACCAGAAGCUAAUUAAAGAGAUAUCUGAACUUGCCAUGUUGAAGCGUGCAAGGGUUGAGCGAAUGAAAGCUUUGAAGAAGAUGAAAGCUGCUAAGUCAUCUCCUAAAGGCAGCAGUAUAUUUGCCAUGGUGAUGACAAUUCUCUUCUUUCUUGUGAUAAUCUUUCAAGGAAUGUCAUCUAGGAGAAAUUCACCGGUAAGCUUCCAGGGGUCUCCUGUGUCAGCAGGACCGACAGAGGGUGGUUUGAUUUCCAUUGAGUACUACCCAUUUCCAUCUGCAAGUGAGCCAAAUGAACCUGCUUCUGCUUCUGGUUCUCCCAAUUUAGUAGAGCAGAUUGCUGGUUCAGAUCUCUCGGAAAAGCUGACAAGAGUUGCGGGAUAAAAUGGAGUGUUACUGAAAAGAGAAUGCUAUUAUUGCCUAUUGCCUAGUCUAUGUUGAAGAGCAAACCAUUUUUCCUUGCGCGUGUUUGUUUGAGUAAUGCUAGGGACCAUUUUUUUUUUUAUCUUCUUUUUAUCUUCCUAAAGUUGAUGUAGCUUUUAAAAUCACCAUUGAAUUUGAGAUGGAAUACUAUUGAAUUUUGAUUCAAUAAUGAUUUUAAAAGUCACAUAAACUUUAGAAGAAUUAAAAAAGGAUAAAAAUAUGGUCCCUAGUAUUACUCGUGUUUGUUUAUACGUGACCUUUUGAAUGUGAAUCUGAAUCUUUCGGAUAAUGUAUCCCCCAUAUUGUGUAUAUAAAUUAAAAUUGGGGGCAACUCAAAUUACUGUACAAGUUUUGUAGAUGAUGCAAAAUGUAAGGCAAGAAACGUGGCCAGAUAACUACUGCUGGGAUUUGGUUAGCAACUUUGUUAAGUUCUAACCUCCUCUACUAUUUUUAAUUAAAAAUAGAGGCUCUUUAUAUGGCUCUAAGCCUUUCUAACCUCUACUAUUUUUUUAUUAAAUGUAGAGGUUUUUUAUAUGGCUCUAAGCCUAUUGUAUUCUUGUGUUCAA